GCACGGUGCAGAUAAUCGCGUGAUAGACCCACCGACAGUACGGCGCCGUUUCUGCUGGUACGGACUGGUUUUUUAAAUGAAUAAGUGUUUUGGAAGGAAGGACAGUUUGGAGAAAUACUGGACACCUCUUUGAAACAUCUGUCAAGGGAAAGGCAUCUGUCGACUUGGUACAGUAAAACCAAAAAAGUUGUUCAACUGUUUUUGGAAGUUUAUUUCUCAUUCACUUCUCUGGGCUUCCGUUAACAUUACGGAACACGCGAGAUGUUUGGACUGUAGCAUAGACAGUAUUAGCACUGAAGACUUUUUCAGCCGAGAGGCAAGAUUGUGCGCUAUAACUGUUUUUCUAGCUUUAAGACCACCUGAUAGAUUAGUGUGUCAAUUCAUAUGUCAACAAAAAUGGAGCAACCGUUUUAUCAUGACGACUCGUUUCUUUCUGCUUAUGGCAAUCCAGACGCUGCCCUGCACGACUACAAGCUUCUAAAGCAGAACAUGAGCGUUGGCUUCGCCGAACCUUACCGGAAUCUCAAGUCCCUCCGCUCGGAAAGCGACUUCUACUCUGGCGCCAGCGGAGACCUCAGCUCGCUGAAACUCGCCUCUCCGGAGCUAGAGAGACUCAUCGUUCAGAGCGCUAACGGCGUGAUCACUACACCGACCCCGGGCCAGUACCUGUACAGUCGAGCGAUUACUGAAGAACAAGAAGGUUUCGCUGACGGGUUUGUUAAAGCACUCGACGAGCUGCACAAGAUGAACCAGAUGCCCCCGCCGAAUGUGUCCAUAGGAGCCGGUGGCGUGUCGUCUUGCUCGGUGGCGCCUUCGGUCUAUGGCUCCGCUCUGCAGCCAGAGACCCCCGUCUACACCACACUCAACAGCUGUAACCCCAACACUACCCUCCCGCCUGCAGCCAAUUACCCGACCGCCACAAUCAGCUAUCUGCCUCACCAUCACCAGUAUCAGCACCACCCGAGCACGACGCACCCGCCUCAUCACUUCCAGCACUCGUUGUCUGGAGCCGGGCUGCAUCCGCAACGACUUACGACGAUGAAAGAGGAGCCGCAGAUCGUUCCAGACCUGCAAAGCAGCGACGGCUCUCCACCAAUGUCGCCCAUCGACCUCGAGGACCAGGAGCGUAUCAAGGCGGAGCGAAAGCGGCUGCGCAACCGGCUGGCGGCGACCAAGUGCCGGCGGCGAAAGCUGGAGCGCAUAUCGCGCCUGGAAGACAAAGUGAAAAUCCUCAAGUCAGAUAACGCCGGACUGUCCAGCACCGCUUCGAUUCUCAGAGAGCAAGUUGCCCAACUCAAGCAAAAAGUAAUGACACACGUAAACCGGGGAUGUCAGCUGAUGCUGACACCGAAGAUAGAGUCGUAUUAAACGGACAAAAACACGGACUCGAGACACUGGCUUAAAGGGGGAAACACUGGAUGAGAAUACUUUCUAAUGCAGAUAAUACUGCAGCACUGAGUAGACUGUAAGAGGUGGUGUAUUUGGUGUUUUCUUGUAGAAAACUACACUGUUACUGUCUUGUUUUCUGAAGCAUUUCCUUUUAAAAUCUUUGUUCAUAUGGUACUUUCAAGUGAAAUGCUCACGAAAGCAACUCUAAGGGACUCUAAGAAGACGUACGUUAUAAAAAACUUAGUGCGCGUGAUAUCCUAUGAAUACAUUCCAAUAAAUUAUUGUUGUUUACGUCUGGUUGAUCCGGACAAUGUAACUGUGUUUUGUUUGUUUGUUUUUUGUAUUUAAGUAAAGACCUUAAAAUAUA